AUGCUUCUCGAUCCUUCCAUCCGGUUCCAGAAGGUCCUGCGGUGGGGAACCUCGACGUCUUAUCCUACUGUUGUGCUGGCUGGACCGAUACCUGCGUUAGCCGUACCUGUGCAGGCGCUGGCCGGGCCUCUGCCGGCGCUGGCCGUCCCUGUGCAGGCGCUGGCCGUCCCUGUGCAGAUGACGAGCGAGGAGAGGGCUUCUAAGAUGAGAGGCACCCAAGCGGAACAUCUCGGCCGCAGGUCCGGACCUCAGUGUCGCUUCCUCGUGUACAGUGGCAGGUCGUGCCGUCGCCGCCGCCGCUGUCGUGUGCACCCGCCACUUCCACCCGCCACAUUCACCCCACCCGCCACACCCGCCGCGAUGUUCAGCUUUGCCAACAAGAUGCUCAACUCGCUGGUGGGCAAUGCGGAUGGGGCACCAGGGCCCGGGUCUGGGCCCGUCCGGCAGCCUGGGCCAACCAGAAUGGGCGCACCGACCCCGCAGCGGCCCCAGGGAUUGGCUGGGCACAGACCGACUGGCCCAACGGGUCUAGGAAGCCUCUCAUCUAUUAUGGGUCAGGGCCCCGGAAUGGGACAAGGCCCAGGAAUGGGACAAAUGAGUCAAGGCCCAGGAAUGGGACAAAUGGGCCAAUCUCCUGGGAUGGGACAAGGAAUGGGAAUGGGACUAACAGGAUUGGGGACGACACCUGGAAUUGGUAUGGGUUCUGGAAUGGGCCAAGGAACUGGGAUGGGUCUAGGACCAGGAAUGGGGCAAGGGCCCGGGAUAAACCAACAGUCCGCAAUGGGUCAAGGACCAGGAAUGGGCCCAGGGCCAGGAAUGGGCCAAGGGCCAGGAAUGGGCCAAGGGCCAGGAAUGGGUCAAGCACCAGGAAUGGGUCAAGGGCCAGGAAUUGGCCAAGGGCCAGGAAUGGGCCAAGGGCCAGGAAUGGGCCAAGGACCAGGAAUGGGCCUAGGACCAGGAAUGGGCCAGGGACCAGGAAUGGGCCAGGGACCAGGAAUGGGCCCUAAUGCCAUGACAUCCACCGGACCUCCUGGAGGCCUCGGCCGACCACCCGGGCCAAUGGGUGCCAGACCUCCUGGAAUGGGCCCUAUGGGCCCGAGGGGAGGCCCUCCCAGACCCGGAAUGGGGCCACCUCGCGGCAUGUCUCCUGGAAUGGGCCCAAGAGGACCGCCUGGGCCCGGAAUGAGACCCGGAAUGGGUAUGCAGGGACCCAGAGGAGGCAUACCAACGAAUGGGCCAAUGAGAGGCCCGCGACCUGGAAUGAUGGGCCCUGGAGGGCCCAGACCAAUGGGUCAACCUGGUGGGCCCAACGCACCCACAACCGCUGCUGCAGCUGGAGUCCCGGGGCCUGACGUCGACCUGAGCCAGCUGAGUGAAGAGGAGCGAGCCAUCAUUGAGAGCGUCAUGGCUAAAGCUCAAGAGCUGGAGACUGCACCAGCUGACAGCCAGCACCUGACAGGAAUUGACAACAACUUGACCACUGGACCUCCAGGACAACAGAGUCGGCAAUGUGGCAUCUGUCACAAUCAGGAGGCGGUGUUGGGACAGCCCUGCGUAGACUGCCACGUCCCGGCAUGUAGAGGCUGCUCAGAGGUUAUGCCUUCUCUUGAUGGCAAGCGGCAGGAGCUCGUAUGCUUGAACUGUUCCAAACGAAGAAAACUCGAUAAAGCGAAAGGGAUGCCUGGAAUGAUGGGACAAGAAAUCAAUUCGCACAACCGGCAAGAAGGGAUAGUCGGAAACCAACAUGGAGGGCCAAUAGACCGAACAGAUGGAGUCAUGCAGCAUCAACAACAACAAACACAGCAACAACAACAGAAUUUACAAAAUGCAAAUCAAAUGUUCCCGAAUCAACAGCAGCAACAAAUGCAAGCUCAGAACCAAGGUUAUCAACAGCCGUUUUCGAACGCAAAUGCAAGCAAUCAACAGAUGAAUCAACAACAACAACAGCCGCAGAUGAUUAGUGUUAUACCUGAUAACACAGCCUUGCAGCUGCAGCAACAGCUGUCUCAAACGCAGCUGCAAAAUCAACAGCUUCAACAACAGCUCUUACUGGAACAGCAAAAACAAAAACAGAUCGAACAGAGUCAGCAACAACUGCAACAAGAACAAAUGAAGCAGCAACAACAAACGCAACAGUUGCAGACACAGUUGCAACUCGAACAACAAAAACAGCAACUACAACAACAGCAGCUGAUACAACAGCAGCAACAACUGCAGCAACAAAUAACUCAACAGCAACAGCAGCAAAUACAACAACAGCAGUUACAGCAGCAGCAACAGACCACCAAAUCAGGCGGAGUUUUGUCCACUUUAAAGGAGGCGUACUCGGCCAUCACUCCUCAGUCUGCCAAGGACGAGCACUACGGCAGGAUGCAGCAGGAAGGCUCCGCUCAAAAUUACCAACAAAGAAGCAUGUCGCCCAGCGACCCUCGUCACGGCAUGAUCGUCACCAGCACAGGUGCCCUCAAGACCCUCGAGAAGCCCCAGCCCAACAUGAGCAUGCAGCAACAAAAUCAACAGCAGCAAAUUCUUCAACAGCAACAACAGCAAGGCAACAAGAGCUCGAUAAGCGGAAUGCUCUCUGACUUCACCAAAGCUCUCGGUGGGAGCACAGGAGGGGUUUUCGGCCCCCAAGCAAACCAAAACCGGCAAGGAGGAAAUACGAAUGCCCUGCAGCAACAGCAACUACAGCAGCAACAGCAACAAGCGUUGAUGGCUGGCUUAGGAGGACAACAGACCGCCUUGAUGGCCAAUCAUGUGGGCGUUGGCGGACAACUGCCCAAUGCCGCUCAACAGGCGCUGUUGAUGCAACAGAUGACCCCACAACAGCAGCUGCAGCUACAACAAUUGCAGAUGCAACAGCUGAAAAAAUUACGUAGUCGAGAUCCAAUAGCUGCGGCUAUACUACAGCAACAGAUUGCUCUGCAGCAGCAGCAGCAGAGUCUAUACCAGCAGAGUAAAGUAUCGCCUACUCCUUUACGCAAGGAUAUUAUGGGCGGCGUAGGGGCGGCCAUCCAACAGCAGCUACAGGGUGGCCAGCGUAUCGGCCGUAACAUUCCUACGGUUGCUUUGCUGCAGCAGAGCACAAUAAGCACAAGUGAUGGAAAGACGCGUGUUGGACCAGGGUGUCUGCAGGGAGAUAUUGGCUUAACUCCGCUGCAGAGAACGCGUCUAAAAUCCACAUCGGAGAAGCAGGUUGGCUCGCCUGAAGAAAGUCAGUUAGCUUUGCUCAUUGGGGGGACUUCUGGCACCCCGGCAGGCACCCCAAGAGGGGCCAGAGACGAUUCUUCAGACACUCUUAGCGAAACCGAUAGCCAGAAGAGCUCCAGAAACCGGCGAAAACUUCCUCAUUUGCCUCCCGACCAAGAGUCGUUACCUUUAUCUGCAUACAAGAGAAUCUUUGGUUCCAGUACUAAGGAGAGAGUGAGAUCGCAGCUGGCCCGACAGUCAUCUCUGGACGGCACAUCUAGCGGCGUCUCUGGCAGGAUGGGCGGGUCAGCGAGCUUCGGCUUGGCUAGGCCCUCCUCGAGCAUGACGAACCUCGCCAACAUCAGCAAGUCUUCGGACAUCAGCCUGCCUACUCGGCCUGGCUCGGCUCUUGGGCUCCUCGGUAGCGUGGUCAACUUCCUGGGCGGAGGUGGCUUGAGGACGUCCACUACAGGUGGCAGUAUGGCAGGACCUCAGCUCAAGAGCGGCCUGCCAUCGUGCAUCGCGUCCUGCCUGCCACCAGACCUACAUCAUCUCAUCUACACCAACCCUGUGCCCAGCCACACGGACGGCAUCGACGCUCAUCUCAACAAGUUGCACAACGACAUAACCUCUUCAUCUUGUGACCGCCGCGGGCUCUUGGAGGCCGAGUUGAUGAGGCUACAGGAUGACCGCAAGAGAAGCUACUACGACAAGGAUAGGGAUAUCCGCAUCCGCAAGGAGCUAGACCGACUAUCAUCAGCCAAUUACUCCGGGUCUUUAUCUGCUGUCCAAAGGCACGAAAUCACUCGUCGCCUCGCCAUGUCACCGACCGCUUCACCGCGUCACUCGUCACACGCUCGUCGGAAACAGGGCCACAGGCGGCAAUUUUCUGACCCGAAAUUAAUCACGGCCGUGUCGCCUCUUAAGGAGGACCUCAUGAAGGCCGAUUUGGAGAGAAACUUGUUUGGACACUCGCUGCGGAACUCUUCCCUGAACGCCUUCAGUGACGAGGACGGCCUCACUUCCCGCCUCCUGGGGAGUUCAAGAUUGCACGGUCGUCGAGGCUCGGAAGGAGGAUUGGAAGGUCGAUCCUAUAGCUCGAUCGGGCUGUACGACACGAGCAGCUCCAGACAAAAAGCGGCACGCAAGAUCCGAAAGCCUCGAUCCUGGCAUCCUUCGCCAUACGCGUCCGACGACGAAGAUGACAUGUUCUCCCGGGAGGAGAAGAAGCAGAAAAUCAAAGCAGAAAUUUCCCGACGCCGACAACAAAUCGAAGAAAACUCGCGUCUCCAUGAGGAGCUUCUGCGUCUGGCGAGGCUCAGAGAGACAGCCGAGUUGGGGUUCACGGAUCCCCGAGUUCUGUCAUUCGAUCAAAACUCACCACAAACCGUAAUCAGAGAUUCUACGAGUGUUCUUCGGUCGAUAGACGACAUCCUGCGCGACGCCCGGGAUCCUACAAGCAUCUACUAUGGUAACUACGCAGGUUUAAAGUCAAGUAGUUCACCAGCAAAUAGGUACGGUAUGCCUUUAGGUACCAGCAGAAUUUCCUCAGGACGACACUAUUACUCUGGAGGAACCAGAGGGACCUCUCCAUCUCGGUAUCCAAUUACAGAAGAAGAUCGGUCUAUAGCCAGGCUUGCUUCGACUUUCCAGUGCGAUGAGUACGGGAACGCUCUUUUGGAUCGUAUUCCUGACUACUCCCCGUAUCAUCCAGAAUUGGACAUGAUGAACGACUUUACACCUGCCAUGCCCCUACUGCCCGAUAUGCCCACUCGCUCUCGUAAGCUCCUAGAGGACUUAGGUAGUAUUCCCAUAAGUAGUCAGACUCACAGGAGCAAGUAUGACAUGCUGAAGCGCCAUAGGAAAUAAAAUGGCCGUAAGAUAUGCCUAAACGGUAUAAAAAUCAAUGGAACAAGGUAGCAUGCAGAAAUUCGCUUUAAAUUAGGAAAUGAGGUUGUCAUGCUGAACCCUAAUAAAAACAAAGGGGCAUGGGAGUUAUAAUAACAGUAAGGGACAAAGAUGCGAGUAUUCUUAGAAGAACCUGGAUUAUUAAAAAUGGAAAGUUCUUACUUGCACCGAAUUCCAUUUCACUUAUCUGGUUUGUCAUUAAUUUCUAGAGAAUACGAUAGUUCUAGUUGAAUAGUUCUUGGGGCAUCCUGAGAGACAAAUUCUAAUUAAAAGAAAACUUCACUUUAGAGAGCUUAAUUCUAGUGUAGACUGAGUCGCACUUGCGAGAUGUAAAGACUUAAUCUCAGGAGAGUAAAGAGCAUGCAAUCUCGCCGAAUUUGUUUAUAAAAUAACAAAUUUUUUGAGCUCAAAUGGGCCAAACAAGAGGCCUUCCUUAGAUUUGUCUAUUUAUUUGCCCUGCGCCCUAUUAGUUUCUGGCCAAUAAUUUCAAUAAAUUUUAGCGAUGGAUGAUGAUGUACCAAUAACGCUAUUGUCUUUCGAAACUCGUCUCUAUGUGUUGUUGUCUGAUAUGUAGUCGAUUAAACUUAAUAUGAAAACAAGCAUAAACGCCUCAUAUCCGUUAUAAGAUGUUCCAACAAAUAAUAUGUACGUUUAUGAAAUCAGUCACUGUUAUACCAAGUCCCCUACUAAACGUAACUUGUCUACUCAACAAAUUAUUCUUAUCUAAAUAAUGAUUUUCAAACUAGUAAGUAUACAUAUUUAUUUUCGGCCACUUAUAUUCUAAAAUCUUUUUUUCUUGACUAGAGAAAUUUCAUGUAUCGAUUCAUCCAAGCAAAUCUCAAAUGUCUUCAAAGUUAUUGGUAUAUGUAUAGCAUUCGUUAACCAUCAGAUGUACCGGCAUUAGUGUAUUUUAAUGGAGAUGUUGAUAAAUUGCUCCCUUGCAAUCCAGAAUUUUAGUUCAAUAAUUAAUUCCAAUUAUGCUUUUGAAAUCCAUUUAUGUGAAAUGCAACUGGUCGCAGUAGGAACAUCUUCUAUUAGUUUAUAAUGAAAUUACUAUUAUUAUACUAAUUAUUAUACUUAGCCCCACCCAAAUUGAUUGCUGGUCCUUGAAAAUUUCCUAUUCUCUUCUUGGUUAUUGUGCCUUAAGAUGUGGUGGCUCCAUUUGCUACGUUUUACGUUUUUAUCCAGUUCGUGUUUAAGUGUGUAGAUGUGCAACGUUCAAUUUACAGACGUACGAAAAAGUGUCGUACGCUUGAUCGUCGAGUUUCCUUUUCAGAAGCUAAGUUUACUUUUGUAUUGGGAUUUUAUCGAUUUGUAAAUUAUUGGUAUAAGUGACGAAGUACGUAGCGGUUUCUUACAAAUAUUUUUAAAUGUUAGAACAAAAGGUUUUGACUACACCCUUAUUAUUUUCAAGAGUUUUCAGAGGACAGAAAAAGCUCGGUGCACCAAUUUAUUUGAAUGAUACAGGUAUAAAUUAUUGUAUUUUUCAGUGUAUGAACUUGUAUGCCAGAGUAAAUAGUUGAUUCCAAACGAGCUUUUGAAACGUAAUUUUUUAUUAGAUUAUCACAAGUAUACUUCAAAUACAAGCUAACGAUUUUAAACAUUCAAAUUUAAAGACUUAAUUUAUCGUGAGUUUAUAUUACAAGAUUACAACAUUCUUCUUCUAUCCCAGUAAUGUGUAAUAAUAAAAUGCAUGCGUGAAGUCUUUUUGAAUAUUAAUAUAAAUUAUAAAUGGAAUAUGAUACUUCUUGACAAAAGUAGUGGAAAGUUAUUAGAUCUUAACUUGUAUCAGUAUACAAAUGUCUGGAUGAAUAUGUCUAUUGGGGAAAUGUUUAAUUAACGGUAAUGUUAUUUUUAAUUAAUAGCUACUGUUUGUAUGUCCAUCUUCAAAUUCACGGGAAUGAAGAUAAGCUUAUGAGAAGUGAAAAGCACAAAUGGUUAUAUAUGAUUUAUGUACCUGUAAGCAUAGUAAGGAUGACGGCACCAUAUGGAUUAUUAUAAAUAUCGUAUAGUUAAUAGUUUAAAUUCAAUUUUGAAUGAAGUGACGUACAAUACGGACUGUAAGCAAUGCAGACCUUUUUGGCUACUAACAGUGAACGGAUGCCCGAUACUCAAAAAUGAUUAUGAAACGGAAAAUUACUGCCCGAUCAUAAUUCAGGUUUAUUAUUUAACCCUAAAUUGAUCAGCUUGAAAGUGAAAUUUACGAUAAUUAAAAGCAUUUAUUAGGAAAUUGUCCUAAAUGGUGGGCACUCCAGGUUUAAUUUAAGAUUUAACUUAUCUCACUUCAGAUUCAAUUCACCUCUAAGCAAAAUAUUUAUGAAAAUAUUAUGGUGCGAGUGGGUUCGCGUGUCGAAACUCAAUAUUUUCUUCUAUCAGGAUUUAAGUUUUCGAAAAAUUGUUUUGUCAAAUAUUCAAUGAAUUUUCAUUAAGGCAAAUCAAUUAUUAAUAAACCAGUUUCAUAGGGAAAACUGAAAACUGAAGUUGAUUCCUGACUAAUUUCUCAUCAUAAUCAGGGUCAAAGUAAUGCUAAUGGAUAUGAAACCGAUUUUUUGUGCUAUUCAAUGUUGAAUUCAAAUUCAUAACUCAAAAUAAAUUGGACAAUUAGAUUUCAAGGUAUCCUAAAUUUGCGAUCAAUCGGAUUUCAAUCGGCAAUUACGUAAAGGAUGUUAAAAGCUGUGAAUUUUGCUAUACUUUCUUUCCGAGUUUAGCUCUAAAUUUUCGACAUGUGUAUGUAGUGGAUGUGACAGAUGGCCCUUAUAAAUGGAAAUGAUGCAGAUAAUUUUUUGACAGAAUUUCCUGAUUUGUAACGCACCAAAGGAUUCUCGAAAUUGGCAGUUUUGACUGGAGAAAUAUGUUGCAAUGUACAGAAAUGCAUGAGCAUGUUUAACAAUUCCAUUACAAGAUCUUACACACAAAUAAAGUAGAAGUUGCUAAAGUCGUGUUAGAUUUUUGCAUAUCAUUAGUCUGCUGCAACGUUGCUAUCUAAUAUAGACUUACGAAGUUAAGUAACCUAUGCUAAAUUGAAUUAUGUUCUUGAUAACAAGGCACAACAUCAACCAGCUCCCGUUAUAAUGUUAUAAGUAUUUUAUGGUGUGGCAUUUAAACUGUGACUUAAUGAACAAAAUUAAGAUGUUGUUAUGGGUGUGAGUUAUUGCCUUUAGCGAACUUGAUCCUUAUUUUACACUUGAUUUGACCUGUGAACUUUAAAACGGACAGGAUAAUUUUUCGAUGAAUAAUUCACAUAAUUGUACUAUGUGAAUGCCUUAUUUUCAGCGUGGAACUUGUGAAUUGUACGAGCUGGAAUUUUCUCCUGUAUGUGUUUGAGUUUGUUAGUAACGUAAGGAGUGUUAGUGCACGGAAAAUCUCUCGUAAUACUAACAAUAAUUUUAAAAAAUAUAAUAAUUAUAAUAAUAAUAGCUGUUAUAGGCCGUUAUGUGAAUCUUGAACCUGUUAAAGUAUUGCAAUUCUGAAAUAUUAAUAAUAAUAAAUAUAAUGUAUGAUUUCGAUAUCAGUAUAUAGAAAAUGUGAGAGCAAGCAAACGAACUAAUAGGACAUAAGAUUUAACAGAUCAUUGAGAUAAUCUAGACUAAUUUAUCGGUAUCAUGUGAGGUGUCACAAAUACUUAGCCCUAAUAACAUUCAAUUCUACUGUAUAUCAUAGAUACGAUGAUCCCUUAUACGUGUGAAACGAGACCAGUUUGGAAAAAAUGGCACGUUUGUCAGUUUGACCACCAAGUUCGGGUGGGGAACUUGUUGCCCAGGGGCAGAUGUUGCGUGCAAAAAUGCAAGUUUUGUUAGCUGAAAGAACGAAUAGAAGCUGAAUUGAAGAGCAUAAAGUUGUCUGAGCUCCACUGAUCAACUUGAGUUGGUUGUUCCAUUGCUUAUGAGUAGGAGGGGCUGAUUCCUAAAAUUAUUUAAUGAGCCAAUAUUAUUAAUUAUUUCUAAAUUUUUUGUUUGCUUACUUAUUUUAUAUUUUUUGGUUUAAGCGAAGUGAGCUCUCGGUUAUCGGAUAUAAAUUUCAUAGAUUUUAUAAAAAAAGUCAGGAGAUUAUUUUGCGACUUAUCCCAAAUCCCUUCAUAGUCUGCGCUUUUUUCAUUUAUGUUCUUAAAUGAAAAACACAUAUGAACACUGUCGCAUAACAGUUGGAAAAAUAGGUACAUAAUUUUUAUCAUAUUAUAUAAUAAUAUAAAAUAAAUAUCAGAUUUAUAAUUUUACAAUAAUUUUCUGAGAUUAUUUAGCAACAGAACCAUUUUCCAUUAAACACGUAAAACGAAAGCUUUAGUACAUUGCAGAAAUAAUUCCUAUUUGAAUAUAAUUUUUUGUUACUUCUGUUAAUUAUUCUCGAAUUUUAUCAUUAAUCCGUGUCAAAGUUGCUAAACGUUUUAUAACUUCAUUAACUUGAGUAAUUCGCUAAUAUGAAGUCCGAAACCGACAUAAAUUUCUCAUUAUAAGUUAUCAUAUUUUCCUGUCUAUAGUACCGAUAAAAACACUUCCCGAUUCCCGUAUUUGAGUUUUAAGUUUUAAACAAUUUCUAAAAAAUAUUCAAUUUAUUAAUGGAAUUGAAUUAUUCACCGAAAGUUAAACAAUAUUUAUUUCUAACUAAAAUGGAGCACAGCUGAAUUAAAGUCAUUUAUUUGUUUUGCUUUCCACUUCAGGUAGUAAAAUAUAUUUUUUGUCAAGUUUUCAUUUGGUUCAUUACAUAAGAUUUAACAUAAUAAAGUUUUCACUGUUUUAAUAAUACUGGGUGCGUAAUUAAAAAAAAACAGCCCUUCCUCUCUGCAGCACAAACAGAGCAUGAGAAUAGCGUGUUCCAAAGAACCAUGUACUAUAUCUCUCCCUGUACAUUACAUUCCGAUAGAGUUGUUCAUGGCAUGUAACCAUUAUACAAAUUGUUGUUGAUCUUCAAAUACAUUAUGCUAUUUGAAAACAGUCA